AACUGCCAGCAUCAGUCUGCGAAAAAGUCCUGCUGCUUUUGUAAUUUCCGCGCUCGUGCUAGAAUCUAAAAAAAGUUCUAAUUAAUCAGUACUUCGAUAGUUUUUGAUAGCAGAUUACUUUCAUAAGUGUACAACAAACGUUCAGCAUAAUGGAUAACUUCGUACCGGUGCAGUAUCGCGAGGUCCCGAUGCGUCAGCUCUCCUCGAAUGUUAGCAACUGGAGGGAAAUCAGCGUCAGUACCGGUGGUAUUCAUAACAUGCUGCAGGAUGUAAAAACAUCCGAGCAAUGUGGAGGUUACAGUUUCGCCGAAAGGGAGGACUUUCGGUCCAACCGAUUCAUCUACUGGAGAACUUGUCGGGAUUCGUUGUUCCUGAGUGAGGUCAGCAUGAAUUUGAAUCUGGCCAAGAACCAUCUAAAGAUCAACUUUGAUGAAAGUCCCAUUUUGGCGGUGGAAAUAAGCGGGAAUCAGAUGCAGGUCUUCCUGCUGAUAAUAACGGUGACCAGCAUUCAUCGGAUUGUGUUGCGUCACCCCAAGGCGAACAGUUCCAACCCGGAUGGGUCGCAAGAGUCGGUGCUUGCCGGGAUCAGCAAGGAACAGAUUUGCGAUCCUUCAGCGUUUUAUGUUAUUAGUAACGACAUCGGCCAGUGUUUACCAUCCCAUGCCGCUGCCUAUCGGGCGGAAUAUGAGAACGGCGCCGAGAGUGAUUGCUUCUUCGCGGUGGCAACCGUGUCAGCGCUUUAUUUAUUCCAGAUGGGGCACCUUCAUGGGGGUGUUAAGAUCACUGAGCUGAAGCAUAAUCAGCUGAUUUCGAGAUUCUUCUCAAAUAUAACUGAUGCAUGGAGAAAAAAGAAUGGUAACGCACCCGAUCAGAUCGUAUCGCUGCAGUUCGGUGAACUUGAGAGGCAAUCCGUACUGUACGCCUUCUACAGAAACAACGUCAGCCGGGUGUGGUCCAUCGCCAAUGGUGCCUGCAUCGGAGCGGAAUGUUUCGUCAAAAAUGGCCGAUUGGAGGGAUCGCAAACGAUAAUGGUUCGCAAAUCGGCCAACCUCAUAAGCGUCUUCUUGUCCUACUCGGACUGUUCUGAGUUUAUAAUCCUGCGACCAGCUACAGAUGAUUCCGGCAACCCGGUUCUGGUAAAAGAAUCAUCCAUUCUAGCUCCAAAUUACGAUCUUAUCGACUACAAGCUGUCCGAUCGUGGCAUUUGGGCGCUCUGGUGCAACGCCGAAGGCGAGAUGCAAGUGCUAACCUACUCGAUUUGCAACGAAUCGAACAACUUUUGGCUUCCGAUCCCAUUGGAAGCCAUCGAUGACAAAUACACGGCAAAGCUGGAAAAAGGAACCGAUCUUAAGCACGUCUAUUGUAAUAGAAUUUUCCACUCAGGAAAGUUUCACAACAACGUGAUCGCCAAAACUUUGUCGAUGUUCAAUCGAUGUUUCAACUACACCGGAAGCAACAUCUCAACGGCCGCCCUGAAGCGUCACGUGUGCAGCUACAUCGACGGGGAGCUGCAGAACGAACGGAAGAUGCAAAACAUCACCGACGAGGAGUUUAUCGAGCUGUCCUCGAACCUGUGGGAAAAGUUUUACAUGUGCUGUUCCCAGUACAACUUUGAGGCCUGUCAACCGAUCGGCGUGCUGAUCCUGGAACAGAUGGACGUCUAUUGCUUGAUAAGGAAGCAGUUGAUUUCGUUUUUCCGCCCGUGCGAUGAGCUGGAGGUGGCUUUCCUGUCGGAAAAUUAUCCCGGCAACGUUAUUACUGACGGAGCCGGAGGUAAAUCGGUUCACCAGGAUGUUGCGGUGCUGAUUCGGGUGCUAAAGCAGAUCGAUAAAUUUGUGCCGGACGAUGAGAAGAUCGAAAUCGAAUCGUGUCUGUUUCAGCUUCGGUCUACAAAGGAUAUGAUGGAUUCGAUUGCUUCCUCGCAGUGUUUCAGUAACCAGUGUAACUUGACCUCGGUUAUACAGUCAAUCGAGGAUCUUCCCAAGGCCAUGGCUGUUGUUUUGCAAAAGCUCAAAUUGGAUUACGAAGUUUCGGACGAUAUAAGUAUCUAUUCCAGCUCCAAGAACGUCCCGUUCGCUGGGCUGCUCGGGGUCCAGCUGCUCACCGAAAGCGUCCGGCAGAUGAUACAGCUGCGCUACAUGGUGGUGCGCAAUCUGAUUGUGCUGCAGCAUCUGCUGCUCAGCAAUUUCGCCCUCAACUGCAACUCGAUGGAAAUCAUCCGCUCCAAGUGUAUCCCGGAUAGCGAGGUGUUUCUGCAGUCGUACUACGUGAUGAACUGGAUCGCUGAAUCGACUGUCGACUAUGCGGUCGUUAGAAGUAAAUCUUUGGAGCGAGACGCUUCUUUGGUGAUUGGCCACGAAGAAGCCUACGCAUUUGAGUACAUUUCUCUGUUGCAUUUGUUCGUGUCAACUCGGGGUCUGAAAACUUACAUGACAACGGAGGAAGGACAACGUAUAUCCGGAAGCACCGAAUGGUUUUCCAUGCUGCUGGAAAUAUCCCAUGGUUUAUUGCGACUGAUAUGGCCAGUGGCAGGAGAUUUCACGUUCGGUCAGUGGCUGAUGCAAGGAGAAAUGCACAUUUUCAUUGAGCAGUACGUUCGUUUACUGAACUCCUGGUGUGAGUGGAACAACUGCUCACGUAACUUCAUCCUUGCAAAAUCCUACCUCAUGAACGGCGAGAAUGCGAAAGCUUUGGACCUGUUUCCCCAAUCGGCUAAGGGCAUCCUAAAGGAACCGUAUUUAAUCAACUUCACUAAACCAUCGGACGGAACUUCGGUGCCACCGGAUGAGCUGCUCAGUAUUUUUUAUAUGAAAGUUAUCCGGUUGUUCGAACAUUACGAAGCCUACGAUUGCAUAAACGUGCUGGCUCAGAUUGCUAUUGGAACUUCGAUACACAGCAAGCAACAGGCUAUGUUUCAAAGUAUCGAUUUCAGUGCCCACAUGGAGCUGGGGCACUAUGAGGAAGCGUACCAUUCGUUGGUGUACAACUGUGAGCAAACUCGGAAGAAGGACUGCCUGAGGCAGCUGGUGUGGCGUUUGUUCCAGGCAAAAAAGUUCAACAUACUAAUCGAGCUGCCCUACUAUGGGCUGGAAACUGAUUUCCAGAACAUCAUGGAAAUGCACGCCCGAUCCGUUGAAAUAUCCGAAAACAGCCACUACGACUUUCUGUAUUCGUUCUACAUUCUCAAAGGAAAUAUGCGAAAGGCUGCUCUCAUUGCCUACGAAAAAGCCAUGCGUUGUCAGCUGGAGUGCAAUUCGCUCGCAUUUUUGAAGAUGCGUUGCGAAGCACUGCUCAAGUGCAUCAAUGCGCUCAAUCUAGUGGCACCGGAUUACGCCUGGAUUGCGAAGCCAUCGGUGUCCAAAGAUGGCGGUGCUGCCAGGCUUGAAGAAUCGGACACCAAAAUCGUAGUUGUUGAUCUGGUAGAUGUUCGGAAGGAGUUGAUGGUAACCCAGGCGGUGUUGGAAAUUUCCAAACAGCUGGACGACUAUAAAUCUGUGCUAGAUGUCGACACCAACGAGCUGCUGGUGAUUUUGGCUAACGCUAAACUGUAUACCACGGCCUUCAAGCUGGCCAACAUGUUGGGCAAAAGCCUCACUAUGAUCUAUGAAAGCCUGGCGGCGUCCUGCGUUAUGUGCGCCCUACAGGAAACUGCGGACAAUUGGGAUUGGCUGCAUAAAAACGCACUGGAAGAAUCUGUUCUAAGCUCAGACAGCACCGACACGGCUUGGAACUUUUUGAAGUUUAGUCUCGAGAAUGAAACGAAGGACGUCGAAGCCUGUUAUCUCGCCGUGAUGAAUCAAAUCAUUUCCAAAAAUGCUUUUCCACCUCAAUGGUUGACGGACUAUUGUAUGAACAAGACGCCCACCAAACUGUUACAGCUUUACGUAAACUUUGGCCGCCUAGAGGAAGCCUUUGAAAUUGCUGUCAAACUGAUCCAGGCGCAGCUGAUCAGCAGAAGCUCGAUCACGACGUUACACUUCAACCGAUUCUUGCUCCCGAUUACGCUCAUCGAUCGGUUGCAGUUUGAGCUGAGCAAAGAUGCUAAAUUCAAGCAGCAAACAAAUUUACUGAACCAGCUUAUCGACUGCAUUGCUAAAUAAAUCUCUUAGGAGGUUUCUUUCGCGUCCAUUUGCCAAUAAAACUUUUAUGUUUAAAAAAUUGA